UUCUAAAUUUUUCUAUUUAAUGUAGUUUACAGGAAUCUGAGAUCCAGCUGUUGCAGGAAGCCAAACGUCUUAGUGUAGAACUGGAACAACAACAACAUGAACUGGAAAAAGCAGAACAGUUCCCUGAAGAAUCCUCCAGUGAAGUUUCCCGAAUAAGGCAACAACUGCUUAGUUGCCAAAAUGAAUACAAUGCUAUUAAAGAAAGAGAGUAUGAAGUUCAGUUCAAGAUGGAAUGUUUGCAAGAAGAAAAAAGGCUUCUGAAGAAUGAAUAUGAAAGAAUUCCAAAACAAAGGGAAGCAGAUAAGAAAAUUAAACAGCUAAAAGAAAAUUGUGAUGAGCUCUGCAAAGAAGUAAUCCAGAGAAAAGCAGAAAUUAAUGCAAUAAAGGAAGGUAUUUCAUCCAAGCAAAAGUUGAUAUUAAUAGACAAGAAAGAAGUGGAAAAUCUUCUGGAGAAGCAGGCUAAUUUAAAAGAUGAGCUAGUUAAGAUCCUUGGUGUUCCAGCACAACUUGGAAAAGAAACUGAGAAGAUAAAUUGGAAAAAAAGUAAUGCAGAGAACAAGAAAGAAGCCCUUAAUGACCAAAUAGAAGAGUUGAAUGGUACCCUGAAAGCCAUUGAAAAAAGAACUGAAGAGAUUUUGCAAGAAAGAGAAGAUGUAAUGAAGGAAUUGGAUGGGAAACAAAUUUUGCUUGAAAGCAAAGAACGAGAAUGCAUUGCUUUGACAAAAUUACUAGAAAUUAGCAGAGAGAAGGAAUCAGAGGUCCUAUCAGACAGAGAAGCUCUGGAAGAAAAUUUAAAUAAAUGUGUCUUGGAGAAAAAAAAGCAACAUGAUAUUCUCAUUCGCAAGCAAACACAGAAAGAUAGAGAACUGAGAAACUUAAAAAAGAUGGAGUUACAACUGAAUGUGAUUUAUGAUUCCUUGGAACAAGAUAAGUCAUGGCAUAAAAGACUCAAAUUAGAGGCAGAAGCCAUCCCUAAAAGUAACGGAGUAUUAUUAGAAAGACGACGAGAACUGCAGAAGGAAAUUGAAAACACCAAGAGAAGUUUAGCUGAACAGGAAAUGAUAUCAGAAAUGGAUGCCCGCAUGUUAGAAGAAUGUAUUGCUGAAGAAGGCCGGCUUUUCAAAGAGCAGGAAAAAUGCAGAGAUGAGUUAUCCAGACUUGCACAUCUGACUUGGCUCAAAGUUGAAGAAAAGGAACAUAAAUCUAGGGAUGUUCAGAAAGCCCAGAUACAACUCCAAAAUACUAUUAAAGAAAUUAAAAAAAAGGAUCUUGAAAUAAGAGAGUAUAAAAAGAAGAAAAGAGAAAUCCAAAAACAACUCCAAGGAUUUGCUAAAAUGUAUGAUGUUAUCCAAAAUGAAAGGAAUAAAUGUAUGAAUUUGGUGCAUGCUGCUCAGCAGAAAGCAAGUGAAAUUAAAAACCGGGUAAAAUCGCUAGGAAAUUAAAUAGAAAAUUUAAGGAAUACUGUUAUAACCAAGGAAAGAAAAUUGCAGAAACAACUUCUGAAGAAUACAAAUAAUGUAGCAAUUACAGAAAGUCUCAAAAGUGAUUAUUGCAAAAUUGUACAAAUCGUGCAUGAGAUGAAAGAAAAGAAAAAGCAACGGUGUCUGGAUCUUGAGAAGCUUACCAGUAUGGUCACCCAUGUUGAAGAGGAAAUUGAGCAGCUACGCAAAAAAUAUGAAAGAGCUAUUCAGCAACAAAAUGAGAGCGGUCUUCUGCUAAGAAAUCGAGAAGAAGAACUAUGCAUUUUAUAUGAAAAAAUAAAGAUGCAAGAAAUGCUGUGUAGAAAUGGAGAUAUUGAGAUGCAAAUUAUGGAUGAAAAGAUCGGUUUUCUGAAGCUGAAGAUAGCUGAGAAAAAAAGACAGAUUAAAUUGUGUUUCAAAGCCCUCCCAGUAAAGAAUGCCCUGGAUGCACAUCUGGUGGUACUUCAGAUACAGUAUUCCAAGUGCAAGGACAGGAUUAAACAGAUGGAGGCAAUCUUUGCUGAUCCCAUGAACGAGACUAGAAAGCGAGACUUGGGCGGGAAGGACCCAUUUCCACCUGAGCUGCUAAAAAAGAUUGAGCAGCUAGAGGUGGAGCUGGUGCAGAAGGAGGAGAAGCUGCUGGAGACAGAUUUUCUCUACAAGCAUGUUUCCCGGCUGACGGACAGAAUCCGGGCCAGGGCAGAGGACGGGAAGCAGGACACGCUGCUGCUGGCGAAAAGGACAAACGAACUGCAGAAGAAGAUAAGGGACAGAACCCAGAAGAUCAUGGCUCUUGUCGCGGAGUUAUCCAUGAAGCAAGCGCUUGCCAUUAAACUCCAGCAGGAAAUGAGAGAAAAAGAACAAUUUUUGAUGACUGUUUCAUCGAGGAUAGAGCAAGGCCUUCCCCCUCCCAAAGAAACAGAAAAUGAGUGGUUGAAAAUAUUACAUAACGAGAAGAUGCAAAAAGCAGCAGCUGAAGCCAGAGCCAAACAUGCUGCCGAAGAGGAACAAGCCGCAGUGCCCGGCUCUGUCCACACGACAGCUGAACAACGCCCAACCGCCUACGUCCCAGAUGACGAAUACAGUCUCCCAUUGCCGCGGCCCUACGGCGCUCUGGCUCCUUUCAAACCAAGUGAACCUGGUUCAAAUAUGAGACAUUUCAGAAAACCCAUUGUAAAGCCAAUUGAAGUCUGA